UAAUUGAGAAUAAAAUUUACUAUCUCUAACUUUUUUUAGCUUGGAUUGUAAGUUAUUGUAUUGCCAAUAUAGAAUAUUGAAUUAAUUUGUUGUAACUCAGAAAAAGUUUGUUUGCUACAAAAUGGUCAGGCUAAAAGAAAUAUACGUUCCACUUUCAACAGUCUCAAACCGAUCCAAUGAUCAAUACAGUUCUAACUUCCUCAAGGCUUGUCUCUUCGGCUUUGCAUAGCAACAAGAGAUCUAAUGUCAACUCAUUACAUUCAUUGCAACGUGUUUCAUAGGGAACUUAAAGUUUGAAAUUAAAAGAUCUAUCAAAUUAAAUACGAAAAUAUCAAAGGAAUUACUUAUAUGGUCAAUGGUCAUAAAAACCUAUUCUGAAUUAUUUUGUUGUUAGUCUUCUUGACCAACUUGCUACAAGUUUUUAUUUUGGCCUAUAUAAACAACAACCUUCCAUAGUUUCAAAAUGUAAUCUGAAAUCUUUUUUGAGUUGUAAGCGUUUUAUCAAAAAGUUGUUAUGGCAAACGAGCGAUCAAGCUUAACCCUCCUCCUUUCUGUUCUUGUACUUUCUUUGGUCUUCUCUCCUACACUUCCAUGUCAAGCAGCUCGAGUGCAUCUCGAUGUUGAAGGGCGUAUGCUGCUGAGAGCACCAGUGCCAAUUCGCUUUUGCCCGGCUUGUGCGUGUUGUGCACCGGCUCCAAAAGGUUCUUGCUGCCCAUGCCGAUGCACCAACAAUCCCUAAAAAGAUGUGACUCCGCUUUCUGCUAGCAUGUAUGUGUUUGAUAUAUGUAUACUUAAUACUCUGCUUUCUUUUUCUACUCUUAUAUAUGUGUAUUUGUUUGAUAUGUGUAUGUGUAUGUGUUUGAUUUAUGUACUAUGAAUAAGCAAAUCAAAGCUUAAACUCUGUGUUUCUCUGAUUUGGACAAAGAAGUCAACUAUAUGUUUUUGUCU